ACCGCUGCGAUGCAACAACAACUCAACGAAACCACUGCAUAGCAACUUUCUAUAUUGGUACUGCUACUGAGACUGAAUUAUUUGCAACAAUCCCACCCCUGGAGGGAAGGGAAGUCGUGAUAAGGGCCUGGCGCCCAGAUGUGCUACUAGAGGUAGACGCGGCAAGUCUCGCAAACUACACGGCAAAACGCCGCUGCUCCUGGUGAGUGAUGAAGGGCGGCGCCCGCAAUCCAGCGCGUGACCCCUCGCUCCUGGUGCUGGGUGUUCUCUCCUUGAGGAAGAGCCCAGCUCUGGAAGCUGGUGCGCCUUGUAGUAUCAUGCUCCUGGCGAGCACUAGGCGCGGCGCCUCGUGGUCUUUGGUGAGUGAGACGGCGGAGGGCUGUCCGCGUGCUUAACCUGAACAACACAGCGCCAAACCCUGCCCGGCCAUUCCGAGGCGGGCCCCCCCUCUAGCGUGUUGCCGCGUCGUGUGCAAAGAUGCCCGGCAUGGCGUGCCCCCCCCGGCCUUGUGCCGACCGUAUUAGUGGCGCGCACCGCCGUAAGCCCUAACGCCCUACGUAGCGCACAGGACGCAGCUGGCGGCACUUGCCGAAGAUCGGUGGAAUCGGUGGGGCCUGCGCUAUUCUGGAAAGCUUGGGCGGGCACCCUCAGCCCCCUGGUGGGGCCGCGAGACCGUUCGCGGGAGGCGGCGCAAGAGGCGGCGGGGGCUCCGCCUGCGUGAGCCGCCACCGUCACAGCUUGCGCCCUACAUUCUGCCCGCCCGGCAAUAGCCGGAUGUCAGUGGAGCCGCUCUGAAAGCGCGCGCCGCUACGCACGUAGCGUCAUGAUUCCGCGUCGGCGCGCCCUGUCCCUGUGUGCACCUUUGAAUAGUGCUGCUAACUAUAAAAAGGAGCCAGUGCUCGAAGCAGGUCCGCACAAAGCGCCCGCUUCCCUUCAUGCGCGCUGCUCUCCUUCUGCUUCCACGGCUUGAGGUCGUGCGUCGCGUUGAAGGGUCUUCCCCCGUCUGGCUCCCACAACCGCGUUGUCGGGCGGAUCAUUGCGAGUUGAGUAUAGCAUGGUCAAAGAGCGAGCGCCGCUCCCGCUUCUGUUGGAAACAAGAAGCGGAUCAAAUCCAAUUGCAAUUAUUUAUAUUUGCAACAAAAAAGAAAAAGAAAUAGGAAGAGAAGAAAACGACUAUAACUGUAUGAAACCAUCAGACGAGACCGGAGCAGGGUCUCGAUUUCCAGCGCGCGACUAUAAUUAA